CACACAUUAUGUGAGGCCCCGCCCCAUCAAUAAUAAUAUAUUGACACAGAGAGACAGCAACCGCUGAUAUUCUGAUAUUCUUCAGUGAUCGGAGUAAUGGAGGCGAGCGAAGAGGCAGAGAGCGCGGCGCAGCAGCAGAAUAACGCGGCGCAGAGACGCGCGGAGAUCCGCAGGAGGAAGCUUCUGUUGAACUCCGAGCAGCGCAUGAAGAAGAUCGUGGGCUUCAGUAAGAGCGACGCAGACGCAGCCAGAGUCCUGGAGCCGCGUCUGCAGCUGGAUCUGGACGGGAUGGAGACCUGCUCCUCCAAGAGGCUGUCUCCGCUGCUGUCCGAGUCUCUGGGGAGCGUUUCGGAUGAAGCGGCGUCUGAGGAGGUCCGGCAGCGGCUGGCAGCAGACGAGCGCUCGGCGUCUCCUCGCAGGGGUCUGCAGAAGUACCUGUCCCGCUUCGACGACGCCAUGAAGCUGCGAGGACAGCUGUCUGCAGAGAAGACGUCUCAGGACGGCGGCGGCGAGGAGGAGCUGGACUCGUUCAGUCUCUUCCGGCUCGUCUGCAGCAUCACUCUGGCCAUCUUCGUGCGCAUCUUCGUCUGCCAGUAUCUGUCCAUCUUUGCACCGUUCCUCACUCUGGAGCUGGGCUUCAUGGGAUUGCACAAAUACUUCCCAAAGGUGGAGAAGAAGAGUCAGACCACGAUGCUGACGGCCGCGCUCCUGCUGUCAGGGAUCCCCGCUGAAGUCAUCAGCCGCUCCAUGGACACCUACAGGAAGAUGAGCGACGUCUUCUCUGACCUCUGCAUCUACUUCUUCACCUUCAUCACGUGUCACGAGCUGCUGCUGCUCUUCGGCUGCGACGCGUCCUGAAGAUCCAACAGUCCUUCAUCUUCUGUUACCCAUCUGGCCAUGAAACUGCGCAGCUCCUGCAUCUCAGCCGACAUACUGUUCCUCAUUUUAACGUCCUCCUCCAGUCCUGUUUCAUGUAGUGUUCAGAGAUGUUAGAGAUGUUCAUGUUGACCACUGUGAAACUAGUAAAGGUCUGAGCAGAGAGCCCUGAUGCUCUAAUAUCAAGCGAAAAUGUCUGCAUCGUAUUUCACAACAAAAUACAAAGAAAAUCAAAACUAUCUUUUUUGGACCAUUAAAGAAUAAUUCAUCUGAAAAUGAACAUUAGCUGAAAACAUGUUCACCGUCAGACCAUUCAAGAUCCGGAUGAGUGUGUUUCUUCAUCAGGUUUGUAGAAAUGUAGCACUGCAUCAGUGUCUCAUCAAUGGAUGCUCUGCAGUGAAUGGGUGCCGUCAGAAUGAGAGUCUGAUAAAAACAUCUCAAUAAUCCACAGCACUCCAGUCCAUCAGUGAACAUCUGGAGAAGACAAAAGAUGAAACACAUCCAACAUUAAACACAUAAACACACUCAAACACAUAGAGUCUAUAAUCACAUAAUAAGAAUAUCCAGUGAAAAACUGUUCUGGUCUGAAUCAGGAGAGAAAUCUGCACAGAUCAAGAGCAUUUACAAGCCAAUACGGCCCUAAAAGAACAUCUUCAUUGAUUACUUUUGGAUUAUUGUGAUGUUUUUCUCAGCUGUUUGGACUCUCAUUCUGACGGCACCCAUUCACUGCUGAGCAUCCAUUGAUGAGACACUGAUGCAGUGCUACAUUUCUACAAACUCACCCUAAUCUUGGAUGAACUGAGGGUGAGCACAUUUACAUUUUUAGCUGAAUUAUUCCUUUUGGUUAUUUCCCAUCAUAACCUGAUCCAGUUCACCCUUGUCCAUCUUCUCCUUUCUGAAAUGAAUCUCAACAGCUCCUCUUUUUAUUUCUUUAAUGUUGGAGUAGAAUUUGAUGCAGGUUUCAUGCUCUUUUGUUGUUUGUCCAACCAUGACUCAACAAAACCAGCCUAAUCUUACUAGAUUUGUUAAAGUCUUGAGCUGAUCACUAAGGGAACCCCAGAUUCUCUUCUGUUUCUAUCACACUUUUCUUGCUGUGGUUCUGAUCGGCUCUGUAGUCGUUCUUCAUCGUGAGCUGAUGUUGUGAGUGUUUUUGUUUCACGCUGCUUUUGUAUUUAGAGAAGUUAGUGUUAUAGAGCUGCACAAACGAGUUUACCAGACAUUAUUCAUGCUGAUCUGUAUGAUCUGUGAUCUAUUGAUGUCUAUUUAAUUUAAUGUAAAUGCCGUUUUGUUCUGCUGUUUUGGACGGGAGAUGAACUUUAGUAGCGUGUUGUUUCUGAUCAUGUUUAUAUAAUGCUGUAACAUUGAUAUCUAAUGUGUGACAGUGUCUUUGUUUUUCUCAGUAGUAUGAGAUGAGGUAAGAACUUGAAUGAUUGUAAUAAUAUAUUUGAUUAUGUACCGGUCGAGGGAGAAGCUAUUGCUAAAACAAUAAAAACAUCAGUGUGUCCUUCUGACUGA